ACGUUUUCCCAAACGUUUUCAUCUUGAACGCGCCCUCCGCCGCGUCCUGAAGGGAGCGUACGUGGAGGCCGCGUCACACACAAGCUGCAAACAUAUGAUGUCUUCAAGGACUGUAAGAAAAGCAGCAUGAGCGACCCAACAAACUGGUCAACAGAACCGGGAAGUUACAGUUUGGAUACCCUACAGCCGAUUGAUAGUUUCAAAACUUUAUACGACAACAGUUUCCAAAACUAGUCAACAAAUGGCCUUUUACCACACUGUCUUAUUUCCUGUCAAAAGUACUUGAACGUAGCAUGCGUCGUAAUGUCCGCUUGGAUAUUUUCCGAAUAACACGGAAGGCAGCACGAGUUCAGACUUCAGAGUAGUGACCACUGACACACACACAACAGCAAUGGAGAAAAAACAAAGUGCGGACGAAAAUUUUACUCCAGACCCAGGGGGAGCAGGAGCAAGACAAGCUGGCCCAUGUGAUCAGAGCCCAGAGGACAUGAUUGGCAAACAGCUGACUGAGCCAGGCCGCUUCGCCUAUGCUGCACUGUGUGGGGUUUCCUUGGGCCAGCUGUUUCCUGGGCUUGAAAACAGGGCGUUCAGGGAGCAGUACCUGGAGGCCUUGGUCUGCUGGCUGGACCUGGACGAGUCGGUGAUGCCUGUCAUGGGGGCUUUCCUGUCAGGCCUGGGCUUCGAGGGCUCAGACACCUUCCUCUCCAUCCUCAAGGAUGAGCCACUGCUGGCAGCAGGGGCUGCCCCCAUCAUACAGGACCUGGUGUGUUUUUCUGUCAAAGACGGUCAGUAUGAUGCCAGAGCAAGAGUGCUGAUCCGUCAUGUCAGCUGUCUGCUGCGAGUCCCUCCUCAGAGGCUGGAGGAGUUUGAGGAGACACUGGGAGAGAGGCUGCAGGAGGCAGGAGAGGAGAGCGAAGAGGAGUCAUCUCGGCGGCUGAGGAGGGAGAGAGGACGGAAAUUACGGCGCUACCUCCUCAUCGGCCUGGCCACAGUGGGAGGGGGAACUGUGAUAGGUGUGACAGGUGGGCUGGCAGCACCUUUGGUGGCAGCAGGGGCCGGCGCUGUGCUGGGGGCCGGAGGAGCUGCAGCUCUGGGCUCAGCCACCGGCAUUGCUAUCAUGGCCUCCUUGUUUGGAGCAGCAGGAGCCGGACUGACCGGUUAUAAGAUGAACAAACGUGUUGGAGCAAUAGAGGAAUUUGAAUUCCGUCCAUUGAAUUCUGUGAAGCAUCUUCAUCUGACAAUAGCUGUAACUGGUUGGCUAUGCAGCGGCAAAUAUAGUUCGUUCCAGGCUCCGUGGUGCAGCCUCGGGGAGAGUGGGGAGCAGUACUGCCUCGUGUGGGAGUCGCGCUUCCUCAGGGAUCUGGGCUCAGCCAUGGCCUCUCUGUUGGACGGGCUUGUCAGCAUGGUGGCACAGGAGGCUCUCAAGUACACCAUCCUCUCAGGCAUUGUGACAGCUCUGACAUGGCCUGCAUCUUUGCUGGCUGCAGCAAGUGUCAUUGACAACCCCUGGUGUGUCUGCCUGAGCCGCUCAGCAGAGGUGGGGAAACAUCUGGCUCAGGUUUUGAGAAGCAGACAGCAGGGGAAGCGCCCUGUCAGUCUCAUAGGCUUCAGUCUUGGGGCCAGAGUCAUUUACUUCUGUCUACAGGAGCUUGCCAAAGACCAAGGCAGUGAAGGAGUGGUGGAGGAUGUGUUCCUGCUGGGGGCCCCAGUGGAUGGCUCCGAGAAGGCCUGGGAAAAAAUGGCAAAAGUAGUGGCUGGCAAGAUAGUAAACGGUUACUGCAGAGGGGACUGGCUCCUGGGGUUCUUGUACCGAAGCUCAGCUGCACAGCUAUCUGUUGCUGGGCUACAGCCAAUCAACGCCAACGAUCGGCGCAUAAUCAAUGUGGAUCUUUCCUCUGUGGUGAAAGGUCACCUGGACUACAUGCGUCAGAUGGACACCAUCUUGGUGGCAGUAGGAGUUCCCACCAGAGAAGUCCCAGGAGCCUCCAUUGCUGCUCUUCAAGCUGUAACAAAUACCACAGGCAUAGUGGACAUCCCUGGGGCAGCACCCAAACAGCAAGUGACCCUGACACAAAACCUUGAAUGUAGCUCAGGUGGGAAAGAUGAGACUUGCACACAAGAGGUAGUAGAGACAGAAGCCACGGGUGACGGUUGGGAUAUCCCUGAUAUUUCAGACCUUCUGGAUUCCCUCAAUGAUGGAGACAGUGCAGCUGAAAAAGGCCUUGGGAAUAAUUUGCCUCUUAGCUGUGACAACAAUGCCUCUAACAACGACACGUUUACUGCUUUUAAUAGCCAGCGCGACAGUGCAGAGGAGCCUGACAGAGAAAAUGAACAUGGAUCUUGGAGCUGGGAUGAUACACACUGGACCACAUUGGACACACACACAAACAAAGGCAACCAAACUUGUAAAGAGCAAAUUUUACAGGACCAGCUGCCACUUUGUAAAAUCUCUUCCUCUAAACUUGAUACUUCAGCAUCAAAGCCUCACAGAAAAUUUCAGCUCCCUUCUCAACAAUGUGACAUGCCAGACGCAGUGAAGGCAUCAGAGGACACAAAUGGAAACUUAGACUGAAGAAAAGUGCCUAAAUUAACUCAUGUCAAACUCAACUGUCUAACCCAAAUAAGUGCUUUUAGAGUCAUUUAUCAAUUUAAUAACACAAUUUAGAUUUUUACAAAUGAAUUAGUUUUUUUACAAACUGUAAAUAGAGCAGUGUUGAAUAAUUUAUUCCAGUAUUGUCCAUUAUCAGUAGCAGACAACCAUGUGCCAUUGAGAGCCGGGAGUCUGCGGGUUUUCAUUCCAACCAAAAACUGCACUGCAGGCGAUUUUACUGAUUAGUUCCUCCUCUCUGCUUGAAGUUGAAGUGAUCAGUGAAAUCCCCUGAGAACCUGCAGACUCUUGGCUCUCCGUGGCACAUUGUUGCCUUCCCCUGUCCUUUACCCUGUAAAUAAGGAUGUUAGUUCAAAAGAUUGUAAAUGUUACUCAUAUAUUUUGCAGAUUUCAGUGGAUGCAACAAAGCAGGUGUCGUCCUCUUUCCUUUCAUCUUUAUUUCCUAUCUUGGCUUGGUUGCCAUGGAUAUUAUCACAGCAAUAUGAUUCCCAUCAGGCCAGUGGCAAUCAACUCACUCAGUGUGAGUCUUAGGUCUGUAAGUCCCUUCUCUUCUUAAUUCAGUCCCUACCAGUGGGAAGAGCCAGCCUGUACUUGUACUGAAAUGCAAGAUGCCAUACCUGCAUCACUUUAUAACAUUGUGUUCAGGAGGAUUGAGAGAUCUUAUUUACUCUGUAUAUUGACAGGAAACUGUCUUAACCUAUCACUUACACCACUUAGAAGCUGGAAACCCCUAUAC